UCUUCUCCUCUUCCUCCUCCCAUUCUUGGCGUCUGCCUGUUGUUCACUGCCCCAAAUCAUGACGAUCAUCCCAACCCAGAGGGAAUGACCUCCUCCCAGCCAUUCACAUCUGUGUCUGUCAGUGCAUCCACAGGCAGCAGCACAUAUUCAUCUAAAGAAACAGCAGCAGCAUUGCCCAAUCAUCCUCCACCACGCAGAGAAAAGGAGAUGCUUAACAAUGGACUUUGGCGUAAUCGUCACAACUUCCUUGAGCACUAACAACCAUCCAAAAACCGAGCACAUCAUUUUACUACAACUUUGAGGAUUCUAUAAUUUAAGCACAGGCUCAUGACUGGAUGAAGAAGCAACAUCUAGACACUUGAUUCCAGAGUGGUGAGAGUUCACAAUAGAGGUAAAGGUUUGGGAUGAGUGACAGUGUGACCGAGCCAGAUCUGUAAAUGGAGUUCAAGGCUGAGAGAUGAAAACAAUGAUCCUUUGCCAAGUAAGCAUGAAGAAUACAGUGCAACCUUUAUCCAGCAUUUACUAACCUGUCAGCAGUAACAGGAUGGACAUGGAUAUUCAAAAUUUAACAGCAAGUGGAAAUGUCUCUGCUGUCCUGCCAGCCCCAUACAGUCUGUUGGAGGUAAUAACCAUUGCAACAGUGUCAGCUGUUGUGAGUCUCAUCACAAUAGUUGGGAAUGUUCUGGUGAUGCUCUCUUUCAAGGUCAACAGCCAACUUAAGACUGUUAACAACUACUACUUACUCAGUUUAGCUUUUGCAGACCUCAUUAUUGGCGUGUUCUCCAUGAACCUGUACACAUCCUACAUUCUCAUGGGAUACUGGUCUUUAGGGAAUAUAGCAUGCGAUCUGUGGCUGGCCCUUGACUAUGUUGCAAGUAAUGCAUCGGUGAUGAACUUGCUGGUCAUCAGCUUUGACAGAUAUUUCUCCAUUACAAGACCACUUACCUACAGGGCUAAACGGACCCCGAAACGUGCAGGCAUCAUGAUUGGCUUGGCCUGGUUGAUAUCGUUUAUAUUGUGGGCUCCACCCAUUCUGUGCUGGCAGUACUUUGUCGGCAAGAGGACGGUUUCUCCUGACCAAUGCGAGAUCCAGUUUUUCUCAGAACCCACAAUCACAUUUGGUACAGCCAUAGCAGCCUUUUAUGUCCCGGUAUCCAUCAUGACAAUUUUAUAUUGCAAAAUCUACAAAGAAACUGAGAAACGCACAAAGAACUUAGCAGAACUCCAAGGAUACCCAUCGCUGGACAGCCGCGAAGACUCUAAAGCACGAAAGCCAAUCCUACAAUGCUUUAGCUUUAAAAACAAGAGGGACGGGACUCAAGCGUCAUGGUCUUCGUCCAACCAGAGUUAUGCAACUAGGACAACGUUGCAGUCUGAUGACUUGUGGACCAAAUCAGACCAGGUCACCACCUUGAACAGUUAUACAUCCUCAGAAGAUGACGAGCGGUCUGUCUCUGAGAUGACCCCUCGAGAAUCUUUUAAGAACCAAGAGUCGACACUCAAUAAAAAUGGACAGCUGGACUGUUAUGAAGACAGCAAAUAUCUCAGUGAUCUGGCAAAAUGCUCCCAGACGAACAAUAAAAAAUGCAUGUCAUACAAGUUCAAACCGAUCCUUAGUGACAUCACCGUUUCGCAAGGUAGUACCGAGACUGAGAGAACAAACACAGAUCAAUGUCAGUCCUCAGAGCCACAGGCUCCUUCGUCCACCUUGGCUUCUACCAAACCGGAAGAUCCAAACUUAAAGAUCCAGAUGACCAAGCGUAAACGAAUGGUCCUUAUCAAGGAGAAAAAGGCUGCACAGACUCUCAGUGCCAUCCUUCUGGCUUUCAUCCUCACCUGGACCCCGUACAACAUCAUGGUGCUCAUCUCCACCUUCUGUUCUAAAUGCAUCCCAGUGUCCCUCUGGCAUCUGGGCUACUGGCUCUGCUAUGUCAACAGCACCAUCAACCCUAUGUGUUACGCCCUAUGCAACAAGACCUUCCAGAAGACCUUUUGGAUGUUAUUCCUCUGCAAAUGGAAGAAAAAUAAAGGAGAGGAGAAACUGUACUGGUCUGGUCAAAACCAUUAAAUACAGCAGAGAUGGCUAACAUUAAAUCAAUUUUAGUUUAUAAAUAUCGUUUGAAAAUAUGAUUUGUUAAUAUUUUAUUUAGCUUCUAAUCUGUUUUUAUUUAAUGAUCAUUUAACAUGUUUACAUAGCAGUGUGAAUUUUAUUAUUGUCUGAUGUCUAAAUGCCAGGGAUAGUGAAGACAAUAAAUAAAGAUAUGGACUGUGAUGUUUUCAUUAUAGAGACAAAACACAUUUUGUGAUAGAAUGACUUUAAAUAUUAUGUAUUGUACACCUUGGUCAUGUCAGUGACACUGCAUGCAUAGAAACGUAAAUAUUGAAAUAUCUAGGGUGCAAAGCAACGUUGUUGUAUUAUGUUCGCAUAACUAGACAGUGUUAAAUAUGGAUCUUCAGAUUUCUGAGUUGGCAAACCAUCACUUGUGUAGAGAUGCACACAAAAGUUUGCAGCUUCGCUUCGGAUGUAGUAUCCAUGAUAUGGCAGAGAUUCCAAUAUUACAUCAUGUGAAAUGAAGCACAAUUUACACAUUUUUACAUCAUCACCCAUAUAAUCCCAAUGUGCAGUGGUUUAUUUUGAAUAGAAAACAAAUCCAUUUUUGUGGUGCCAUGAAUUAGAUCUCGCUUGAACAUUAACAUACACCACAGAAGCACAUUUAUGGAUGUUAAUUGGCUGUUUUCCAUUCAUGUUGUUUAAUAAGUCUCUACUCUUUGUGUUGUGAUGACAUGCCAUUUAAUUUGUGAAAUAAAUGUUUAAAGAUGAAAUUCACCCAAUUAAUUGAAACAUUUCAUCAGUCUGGCUUUCGCAGGGGUUCCACUAAUGUUUUUAGUCAAACUAAAG